AUGGGUCGAUCCAGCAAAAGCAAGAAGCUGAUGGCCGGAGUGCUGGACCACCUCCAACGUCCGUCGACGUGGUAUUACCUGACACCGGUGGCCGUGGCGUGCGCACCGGUGCUCAAGACCUACUUUAACCAGAACCUCCGGCGACCCAUGCGGCAGCUCCUCCCGUUCCUCGACCCGUUCGUCACCAUCGACAUCCUCGCGAAGCCAGAGCAGAACUCGAACCCCUACAUGGUGGCCAGGGUGAAGUCGAGCGACGCCUACGCGGAGGUGCUGGCGUACCUGAGCGCGGUGUGCUCGUUGGAGGCGCGAGAGCUCCGUGCCGAGGGCGCCGCCGAGGGCCACGGUUUGGUGCUGAGCCUCCGCGAGGGGCAGGAGGUGGCGGACGAGUUCAAGGGCGUCACCAUGUGGUGGUCGGCGGUGGCGGAAGGAGUAACGGUACAGGGAUCGCCGGGGAGGUGCUGCCGCCUGACGUUCCACGAGCGGCACCGGAGGCUCGUCGUCGAAGAGUACCUGCCGUACGUACGCCGCACCGGACAAGAGGUGACGUUCGGAAAUCGUCCCCGCAGGCUCUACUCCAACAAUAAGGACGUCAGCUACAUUUCCAGCAGGGAAGAGGUGUGGAGGUACAUCGACUUCCAUCACCCAACCACCUUCGACACCCUCGCCAUGGACCCAGCCAAGAAGAAGAAGAUCAUGGAUGAUCUCGACAACUUCCGAAACAACAAGGACUACUACCGUCGUAUCGGCAAGGCGUGGAAGCGUGGCUACCUUCUGUACGGCCCGCCAGGCACCGGCAAAUCGACCAUGAUAGCUGCCAUGGCCAACUACCUCAACUACGACAUCUACGACAUUGAGCUGACCACCCUGCAAACCAACAGCGACCUCCGCAAGCUAUUCAUUGAGACCACGGGGAAGUCCAUCAUCGUCAUCGAGGACAUCGACUGCUCCCUCGAUUUGACUGGCAGCCGCCUAGCCACAAAGCUACCGCAGGCUCAAGGCAACGCGGGCGCCCAACAACGCUACCGCAGUGACAAUGCCAACACGCUGACGCUGUCCGGCCUGCUCAACUUUAUCGAUGGGCUGUGGUCGGCACACAGCGGCGAGCGGAUCAUUGUGUUCACGACUAACUACAUCGACGACCUCGACCCGGCGCUGAUCCGGCGCGGACGGAUGGACAUGCACAUCGAGAUGUCCUACUGCGAGUUUGGUGCGUUCAAGACCCUGGCCAAGAACUACCUUGGAGUGGACGAUCACCGGCUGUUCGACACCAUCGAGGAGCUGCUGAAGGAGGUGGAGAUUACGCCGGCGGAUGUUGCCGAGUGUCUUAUGGCAUCGAACCGCACAGAUCGUGACGCGGAUGCUUGCCUCGAGCGUCUGAUCGAUGAGCUUAACGCGAAGAAGAAGGAUCAAGCCGAGGCAGAGUCGGCUGUUACGCCAAUUGGCAGCGAGGCCACGGCCAACGGAGCAACUAACGAUGAUGGCGGUGAAAGUUCAGAGGAUGAUUCCUAUAUUCUUAGCAAGGUAUUACGUGAGGUGUGUUGA